AUAUCCUAUACUUUUCUACCUCUUUCAUCCUUGUAGGUUAAUUGGUUAGUCUCCACUAUAAACAAGUCUCGUGUUAUGAUUGGAUCGAAUGAAGCAUGUGGUUCAAAGAAACAAGACAUUCCGAAUCAAGGAGGAGAACCCGACCGAGUGUAUACAUCACUUAGAGCAAUAGUCAAUGAAGUUGCUUCACAAUUGAGAAAAAAUUCAGAUGAGGUGCUUGAUCCGGAUCCGAUAUCGUAUUGUAUACCGGAACAUUAUGGCGGGAUAAAUGCAUCGAAUAUCGAGGCACAAUCAAGUCCAUCUUCAGCCAAAGCCAAAACUAGGGCUAAAAGCACGCUAGUUGGGGAAGAGAUUGUAUCUUUUGUACUACCCCUGGAUUGUCAAAUUGGGACAGACUCGAGCAAGAAUAUCCAACAUCAAUCUUCAUGUGAAGAGAGGCUUCAAGAGUGGCAUAUUGAAUGUAGAUGACGUGCAAAUGGAAAAUUAGAUUUGGUAAUUGCAUAUUCAAAACUUUUGUUGAUUCUGCUUUCCUUAAUAGUAUCAAAGUUUCGAAAGAAGUACUGUAUAUUCGAGUGAUUUGUUAUCUUUUAGACAUUGCAAGGAGAUCAAAUGAAUUAUCUAGCAAUGUA